CUCCUAGAACUCCAACUGUCAAGAGCUUGUUCCGGACAGUAGAGGAAGAGGAAGAAGAACAUUCCAUUUUGCCUUAAAGAAGACUUUCUGGCUAACAGUCAGCAUGGGCCACACCCGAGCCUGAGGAUCGGCCAGGCUGCAGCCGCAGGGGACCCGGAGAGAGCAACACCGAGAAGAAGAGACCUUGCUCCUAGAGAGGCCAGGCCGCCUGGUGACGCACUUCCGGCAGCGCCGGGGAGCCGCCUGCUCCGGGGGUGAGUGCAGAACUGCGGGCACCCUGCGUCGUUCCCUGUUCCCUAGGCUCUGGGUCCGGUUGGGACGCACUCCUACCCUGGGUGGAGCUGGGUCUCCCGUGGCCUGUGUUGCCAGGAGGCCCAGGCUGGGAGAGGGAGCAGGGAGGCGGCCCGGGGUGCUCUUCCGCGCUUCUCGACUCCAGCUUUCGUCUUUAUGGCCCAAUAGGUUGCACCCGUUGGAAGGGGAAACCUGUGUUGCUGUCACAGCCACGAGGCCCCGGGCAUUUAGCACUUGGUCUGCUGGGGGAAGAUGUGUGGUGCAGCUAAAGGGUGGAAUAUUUGUGGGCAUGAAGCGGCCCUGGAUGAUACUGCAAGUCUUUUGAUGAGUUGAGGUCUGGCAGGAACAUUAACCUAUGUGCAUCCCAAGCAUGGACCGUGUGCUCCCAGGCUUCUGACAUGGGGUCAUGAAUUAGGGCCAAGUGGGAGUACAGAGCCCCUCCUAGUCACCCGGCAGCAGAAGAAGCCCGACUUUUGGAGGACACUGUCUCCUGGAGCAGUGUCAGUCCCAAAAGCUCCAGCCCUUCUCUGAGAGGGAGACGGGGGGGAUGGCAGCCAUGCACCUGACAGCCUGGCCCCAGGGCCUGAGCCAUGGAAUUGGCCCUAGGGCAGCAGGAACCUGUUGUUUCAGAAGUUGGUGACCUUUGAGGACGUGGCUGUGUACUUCACCCAGGCGGAAUGGGAUGGCCUGUCCCCUGCACAGAGGAUCCUGUACAGGGAUGUGAUGCUGGAGAAUUAUGGGAAUGUGGCCUCCCUGGGAUUUCCACUUCUCAAACCUGCUGUGAUCUCACAACUGGAGGGAGGAGGUGAGCUGGGGGCCCCAUCUCCACUGGCUGCAGGAACAGGCCUCCAUGGCCUCCAGACUGGUAAGGGAGUAGAUAUUCAGACUGACAGUGAUUUCACAAAGGAAAUGUAUUACGGGAAAGAGGAUGUAUCAUUUGAACUUCAAAGGGACUUUUCCCAGGAAACAGACUUUUUAGAAACCUCUCUUCUAGAGAAACAACAGGAAGUCUACUCUGCAGGAAAUAUAAAGAAGGAAAAAAGCAACACCAUUGAUGGAACAGUGAAAGAUGAGACAAGCCCCAUGGAGGAGUGUUUUUUUAGUCAAAGUCCAAACUCAUAUCUGUGUCAUACCAUCACUGUAGAGCAGCCCUCUGGGUGUACAGGCCUGGGGAAAGCCAUCAGCUUUGAUACAAAACUCGUUAAGCAUGAAAUAAUUAAUUCUGAGGAAAGGGCUUUCAAAUGUGAAGAAUUAGUGGAGCCCUUUAGGUGUGACUCUCAGCUUAAUCAACAUCAAGAGAACUACACUGAGGAAAAGCCUUAUCAAUGUUUGGAGUGUGGCAAAGCUUUCAGCAUUAAUGAGAAAUUAAUUUGGCAUCAAAGACUUCACAGUGGGGAGAAACCCUUCAAAUGUGUGGAGUGUGGAAAAAGCUUCAGCUACAGUUCCCAUUAUAUCACACAUCAGACAAUCCACAGUGGGGAGAAGCCCUAUCAGUGUAAGGUAUGUGGGAAGGCCUUUAGUGUUAAUGGAAGCCUAAGUAGGCAUCAGAGAAUUCAUACGGGAGAGAGGCCUUAUCAGUGCAAGGAGUGUGGAAAUGGCUUCAGCUGUAGUUCUGCAUAUAUUACACAUCAGAGAGUCCACACUGGGGAGAAACCUUACGAGUGUAAUGACUGUGGGAAAGCUUUCAAUGUUAAUGCAAAAUUAAUUCAACAUCAGAGAAUCCACACUGGAGAGAAACCUUAUGAAUGUAAUGAAUGUGGAAAAGUCUUCAGGUGCAGCUCUCAGCUUAGGCAGCAUCAAAGCAUCCACACAGGAGAGAAGCCCUAUCAGUGUAAGGAGUGUGGAAAAGGCUUCAGUAAUAAUACAAAACUCAUUCAGCAUCAGCGAAUCCACACAGGUGAGAAACCCUAUGAAUGCACUGAAUGUGGAAAAGCCUUUAGUGUCAAAGGGAAGUUAAUCCAACACCAGAGAAUUCACACAGGUGAGAAACCCUAUGAGUGUAAUGAAUGUGGGAAAGCCUUCAGGUGUAACUCCCAAUUUCGACAGCAUCUGAAAAUUCACACUGGGGAGAAGCCUUAUGAGUGUAAUGAGUGUGGAAAGGCCUUCAGUGUUAAUGGGAAACUGAUGCGGCAUCAGAGAAUUCACACUGGGGAGAAACCUUUUGAAUGUAAUGAGUGUGGGAGAUGCUUUACUUCUAAAAGAAACCUACUUGAUCAUCACCGAAUCCAUACUGGAGAAAAGCCUUUUCAAUGUAAGGAAUGUGGGAAAGCCUUUAGUAUCAAUGCCAAACUAACUAGGCAUCAGAGGAUACAUACUGGGGAGAAACCUUUCAAAUGUAUGGAAUGUGAGAAAGCGUUCAGCUGUAGUUCCAACUAUAUUGUGCACCAGAGAAUCCAUACUGGAGAGAAACCCUUUCAGUGUAAGGAGUGUGGAAAAGCCUUCCAUGUUAAUGCCCAUUUAAUUCGGCAUCAGAGAAGCCACACUGGGGAGAAACCCUUCAGAUGUGUGGAAUGUGGCAAAGGCUUCAGCUUUAGUUCUGACUACAUUAUACACCAGACGGUCCACACUUGGAAGAAACCAUAUAUGUGUAAUGUGUGUGGGAAAGCAUUCAGGUUUAGCUUCCAACUCAGUCAGCAUCAGAGUGUCCAUAGUGAAGGAAAAUCCUAAUAAUGAGAAAGAUGUAGAAAACUCACAAGGUUAAUGCCAAGAGAGAUCAAGUAUCAUCAGAUUCAUCCAUUGAAAAACCCCCAAGAGGGAAUGAAUGUGGCAGAGUCUUCAUAUGGCAACAGUUUUUAUUCUAUUCAAUUUUUAAUCAGGAAAGGAUGACCAGUUAAAGAGAAACAUCCAAAAAUAAAUAGCUUUGUUUUGUACCAACAGGACUUAGAAAAUAUAAUGAAGGAAAAUAUUUCGUUCCCAGUAGCAUCAAGAAAAGUAGAUUUUUCUAGAAAUAAAGUUAUGGAGGACUCGUGUGGAGAAAUUUAAGCCUUCACCUGAGGGCCACUUUACAAAGGAAAUUUGAAUAAAUGGAGAGAGAGAGAAGCCUUGUUCUUGGAUAGAAAAACCCAUAAUAAAGAUAUUUACUCUACCUACCUUAAUUUAUUUGUUUAAUUUUUGACAACAAGCAUGCAUACUUUGAAAAGGUGAAAAGUAAUAAAGAUUUAUUUAAAAAAGGAAAAA